AUGCGUUUCGGAAAGACCCUCUCAGACUCCAUCUACCCUCCGUGGAAAGACAAGUACCUCGAGUACGACAAGAUCAAGAAACUCCUACGCGAAGACGAAACAUCUCCUCAAGGUCGCGGCGGAGAGGGCGGCUGGACGGAACAAGAUGAAGAGAAUUUCGUCCACGAGCUCACCGUAGUUCAGUUGGAGAAAGUGCACCAGCAUCAAGUCACCAUAUUCAACUCGUUGCGAGACCGAACCGCCGCCUGCGAAGCCAAGCUCCCCUCCCCUGAAGGCGAAGAUGCAGGAAAAGCGGACCAGGAAUACAAAGACGUGGCCAAGGAGCUGAUGCCAGAGCUCGACAGCAUCUCGAAAGAGCUCAAUGGACUUAGGAAGUUCAGCAGAAUCAAUUACACCGGCUUCCUCAAGGCGGCCAAGAAACAUGACAGGAAGAGAGGUCUCAAGUACAGAGUGAGGCCGAUACUGCAGGUCCGUCUGGCUCAGAUGCCUUUCAACCAAGAGGAUUACUCGCCUCUCCUCUUCCGCUUGUCAACAAUGUACAGUUGGGCUCGCCAGACGCUUGAAGGAGAAGAAGCUGGAAAGGAGGCGGAAACAGACAUCAGACCAACGGAUGAGUACAAGGCUUUCAAAUACUGGGUUCAUGUCGACAAUUUGCUGGAAGUCAAGACCUAUCUGCUACGUCGCCUCCCCGUCUUGGUCUAUAAUCCACAGUCUGUCAAAGUGGUUGAUUCGUCUCAAAGGGAUCCGACGAUAACAUCCAUCUACUUUGAUAACAACAACUUCGACCUCUACCAGGGCAAAGUGGAGAAAGGCACUGCAGGUGCUUCUCUCCGCAUUAGGUGGACAGGCCAGCUUAAUGACGAGCCGGAGGUUGUCCUAGAGAAGAAGUUUGUUGACGAAGCAACCGACAGCAGCGAUAUCAGAAUUCAACUCAAGCCAAAGUAUAUUCUCCCAUUCCUCAAGGGCGAAUACAAGAUGGAAAAACAGGUCAAGAGACUUGAGGAAAUGCUCGGAUCUGAGCAUGACGAUGUCAAGGCAUUCAAGGCCAACAUCGGCGAGAUUCAGUCCUUUAUUCAGGAGAAGAAUCUCGAACCAGUCCUUCGCGCAAGUUAUACCCGCACGGCAUUCCAAAUCCCUGGCGAUGACAGGAUUCGGGUAUCCCUCGAUACCGACUUGUCAUUGAUUCGCGAGGAUGCCCUUGAUCCCGACCGCCCGUGCCGUGAACCUGACGACUGGCACCGUUCCGAUAUUGAUCAGCAGAGGAUGGAGUAUCCGUUCUCCGCGAUCAAGAAGGGGGAAAUCAGCCGAUUUCCGCAUGCUGUGCUUGAGAUCAAGAUCAAAGAGUCCAACUAUACUAAGAACAACACCUGGCUCAACGACCUUAUGAACUCGCACCUGGUCAAGGAGGAGAAGAGGUUCUCCAAGUUUGUGCAUGGUGUGGCUGAACUAUUUGAAGACUAUGUCAACAGUUUCCCUUUCUGGCUGAGCGACCUUGAGACGGACAUCAGGAGAGAUCCCGUGACUGCCUACCAGGAGGAACAGCAACGAGAGGCAAAGAAGGCUGAGGACGAGAUGGCUGUCGGCAGCUUCAUCGCUGGGUCCAAGCUAUCAGCCAGCAAAGGCAAAGCGGCCUCCUCCCCAGGCAAGUUCCCCGAGCGGAGAUUGUCUGGAGUUCUCUCCCAGUCUGUUCAGUCGCAAUCCAAAGCAGUGGCUUCGUCACAGCUCGAAGCCACAGCUGAGGAACGAGACGACGACGAAACUGGCCUUCAGGCGCCCGACGAAGUCGAAAUUCGGGAUUCUUCUCGGGGCGGCAUCCGUUCGUUGCUACCAGGGUUCUCGAACUCGCGCUAUGGCCGUCGCCACCGUCAAGGAAAAUCAGCAUGGGAGAAUGCGCCACUGCCUGCUGGCGUGAAGGAACCCAGCUUCUGGAUCAAGGACCAGGGUGACCUGAAAGUGGAAGCCAAAGUCUGGCUUGCGAACCAGCGAACAUUUAUCAAAUGGCAGCACAUUGCAAUUCUCCUGGCCACCUUCUCAUUGGCACUGUACAACGCCGCAGGGGUCAGCAAUAACAUCGCUCGGGGCCUCUCAAUUGUGUACACCUGCUUUGCAAUCUUUGCCUCGAUCUGGGGAUGGUACGUCUACAUGUGGCGGACAAGGCUGAUCACGGAACGCAGUGGCAAGGACUUUGACAAUCCUAUCGGUCCGUUCGUGGUGACGGUCGGGUUGGCGUUGGCGCUGGUCUUGAAUUUUGUCUUCAAGUACAAGGCAGCGACGAGUAACGACGGGCCGUACCGUGGUAACAACACAUACGCCGGUUCCGGCGCGUUAUCCCCCAAGAUGCAGCUACCGCAGGCCAGCAUCACCGAACUCCUUGUCCAGGAACUGUAG